AGUUCAGUUCAGGAAGAAGAAAUCAUGGCGACGCUUUUGGGGUCCGAGUCCCCUUGUACUGGAGGAAAACGAAGAAAUUGUCACAGCAAUAUCGUCACAAAGUUCACGGCCAGUAAGAUUACCGGUCAGGGAAUCAGUCGAGGAACACAGGUAAGACAUAUUGAGCGUGUUGUGACGGUUAAAGACGUUAGAAAGUUGGUGGACCGAGGCCGCGGACUAGCGCUCGGCAUCAGCCCCGAAAUGAAGACGUUUUCCUGAAGACUUGACUGGCCGUGUUGUGUACUCCGUCAGCGUCGGUGUUACAGCUAGCUACAACAUAAUGGUGUAUUUUAAAACCCUCUAUAUCCAGCACCAAAGCUAACGAAUUCAGUAUAUCAUGAUCCGCUCGCUGUCAGUGAAUAUAAAGCCAGUUUCGUUUUAGGUGUCCAAAGGCAGCUCCGUUUUAAGGGACUCUUUUGUUGUUAGCCCCACUUGAGCUUAGCAAUAAAGAACAGGUUGACUUCGCUGCAGAAAGCCUUGCCUUUUGGGUUUGACGCUUAUGGUUCGUUUUUUUUGCCUACGUUUUUAUGUUAAAAUUACUAGUGGUUUUUUUUUUUGUUUUCUAUGUGAAUUGUCUCAAUCAUGUUAUGAACGGUAGCAACACUAGCUUGUGUUAGCCACCGAGAACGUCAGCUAGCUUGCUAAGCCAGCUGAACAGCUCAGGUGAUUACGUAACGACGGACUAACCACAAUAAUAACUACCGUUCCUUAAAUGGAGACACCACAGCAGCUGUCCACUCAACUCUAGGACUUUUACUUUUAUUUACACUAAAGACAAACUCAUUUACUCGACAUUUGUUACCGUAAAGACCUAAUAUUGUGUUUAUUUUGAUGUAGCAGUGUCACCAUGCCAACUGUUUUGGUGUGAACGACGUAAUGCAUAUGAAUGUGGUACCUGUCCAGCUACCCGUUUUUCAUGCACACUCGUAACUUUAGCUCUUUUUGCAGAGCCAGACAUUUAUCUGAGGUUGUGUUGAGACAAAAGAUAAUAAAUAAAUGAGGAUAACAGACAGAUUAACUCAUCUGAAAAAAAAAAAAAAAACUCAAGGAAGGUCAAAAUGUGGUAUUACACAAGUUUUUAAAGACUGCUACAAGACGGUUUACGCAAUCAAAAAAUUGGGAAAAAUACACUUUAAUUGAGUCAGGUCUUGGAGGUUCUUUGGAAGUUUUUUUAAGAGUGUGUUGCAUUCGAAACUUUCGCUGUUUUUGCAGAGCCAGACAUUUAUUUGAGAUUGUGUUGAGUCAAAAGAUAGAAUGGCUUAUUGAGGAAAUAAAUGAGGAUAACACACAGAGUAACUCAAAUAAAAAAAAGUUAAGUAAGGUCAAAAUGUGGUAUUACACAAGUUUUUAAAGACUGAUACAAGACGGAUCACACAAUCAAAAAAAUCGGGAAAAAUACACUAUUGUUGAGUCAGGUCUUGGAGGUUCUUUGGAAGUUUUCUUAAGAGUGAGUUGCAGUCGUAACUUAAACUCUUUUUGCAGAGCCAGACAUUUAUUUGACAUUGUGUUGAGUCAAAAGAUAGAAUGGCUUAUUGGGGAAAUAGAUACGGAUAAUACACAGAUGAACUCAUAGAAAAAAAAAACUCAAGUAAAGUUAAAACGUUGCAUUACGCAUGUUUUCUGAGACUUCAAGACAGACCACACAAUCAAAAAAUUGAGAAAAAUACACUGCUGUUGAGUCAGGUCUUGGAGGUUCUUGUGAAGUUUUCUAAAGAGUGUGUUGUAGUCUGUUUUUUUCGGAUAUAUGUUUAUGAAAUUUUUCCAGCAGCAAAAAAACAAACACAUGAUAAAAAAAAACCAACAUACAUUUGGCUCGCACAUACACACAUUAUGUUCAAAUUUAUACAGGCGAGAGAUUCAGGGAUCCCUUUAUACAAAUAAAAUAGGUAAGUAAAAUAAAUCAAGUGCACAUUAUCAUGCAUAAUAGGUUCAUAUGUUCAAAGAGAGAUACACAAACAUGAAAUAAAUAAGACAUGGUUUUUUAAGGCGGCAUGUUCAAAGCUAUGGUACCAACCCUCUGGUGAGAAUGGUAGAGAUAUUUAAACCAACAUAUGACAGAAAGGGUUCCCAUGUUUUACGAAACACGUCACCUUUGCUGUGUAGUCCAAUGCAACAUACUCAAGAGUCACCCUUUGCCACUGAACCUUGGAUGGGACUCUAUCCACAUUCCAGUUUAAAAGAAUACACUUCCUAGUGCAGAAAGCAUGUGUUUGAUGAAGUUUCCUUCUAGAUUAAUCAGUGAUGGACAGAUCAAAUGUGCCAAGUAGCAGACAUAAAUGAUUAUUAUUUGUAUAAGUAGAUAUAGAUUAUCUUAUUAAUUUCUUGUCCAGUGACUUUCCAGAACUGUUGUAUUUUCCAACAAUACCACAAAUAAUGUGUGAGGCUACCAGUUUCUAUUUUACACUUGGGGCACAGUGGAGAUGAAUUAAGGUCCUUACACACCGGGGCCAAAAAGAAGACAAAAAUGGAGUCUACUUUAACUUCAAGUGAUAGUGAAUUGGUACUCCUUUUGCUUUCUCAAAAGAAAAAGAAACGUAGCACAUGGGUGCCUCCAAUAUUACAAAAAAGAAGAGAACUUGGUGAGUUUCACUGCUGCCUUCAGGAGCAAAAACUGCACCACGGUCGCUGAUUGUUUUCAGUCCUGAUUAGACACUAGUGUUGAGAUGGCUUUCUGUCAUGAUAGCUGUGCUUAGUCGGGGCCAGUACCAGAUAAGCACAUGAAACUAUGGUAACAACCGUUAGCUUAUGUUGGCACAGAUGAAAGUUAAAACCAAGGCGUUUAGCAAACCAUUAAAGCACACAAACCAUCGUCAUAUGAGAGAGCCGAUGCUAUGACUCUCCACAAGUUGUCCUUCCGGUCGUUAUCUUUGUAAUGUUUGUGUCUUUUAUCAAAAAGCACUCUGUUUCCGGCACGUAAAUAAUCAGCCGGUCAGAUAUGUUGAAUAUGUUGGAUAUACCGAUGAAUCAGACAUUGCAACAACACUCAAUCUGAUUGGUCAGAAGUGGACACAGAGCAUGCGAAACUUUAGAAAAAUCGACUAUGAUCCGAAAAAAAUUAAUGCUGCAAUAUCGCAGAACGGGAAAACAUCGCUGAUUUGAACGCUUAUAUUGACAGGAUACGGGUUCGAAAAAAAAUUUGACGUCUGAAUAAUCGCAUGACAAAAAUGGUCCCGGUGUGUAAGGACCUUUAAUCUGCAUUUCUGCCGGGGGUAGCACUCAUUUUCUUUUUUUCUCACCGACAGUGCUGUUGGCUUCUCGCAUUAAAGUGCUAUGGCUGCGUGUAGCUGCAGCCUGCUACUACGCAGUUGUUUGCUACUUGGUUCUAAUUCAGCACAUGAUUGGUUCAGUGCAAAGCGGACCCAGAGCAUUGGCUAUUCGUAUAGUCUACCAAAACAUGGCAUCGUGCCAACUAUUGAAAAGCAUAUUGACCAUGUUUUUUAUUCAUAUCGAGGGAGAUUAAUUUUCGAUAUAUAUCAUUAUCGUUUUAUCGCCCAGCCCUACAUAACAGGUAAAUAUAUAACAUAUGUAUUGCCUGUCUAUCAAGGAAUAGCAAAACCUACAGUAGAUUAAUUUCACAAGCUUCCUUAUUUAAGAAAUAAACUAUUUUGGUAAAUGCUGAUAUUAUUUGAAAUAAAACCCACUUUCUUCCUCUUGUCUAGAGUCCUAUGUUGGACUUAAGUUGAUAGAAGUGUGCACAUUUCUUUGGAGAGGUGCUGUUCUCUGUAUGUAACUUGCUAAGUGCCUUUUUUUGUCCCACAGCUUCCAGUAGGCCUCCUCCAGGAAAGAGAUAAACGGGCCAAGUGGCAUGGCAUCCCCGUUCUGCUGCAGAAGCUCUAUGAGAGCAGCCAUCCCAACAGUGACCUCUCACAUGCCCACAGCUUUCUUAAGGUAGCCACUACCGAGCAGCACUUCUCCUUGAGUAGUGAGAUGGUGAAAUUAACAGUAGCUACCACACGUCACUGAAUGUGUCUCUAUGGAACCGUGGUGAUGUACAUUAAAUGUAAAUGAUUGUUUCUGUCAGGUUUUAUCAUCCCAGCUCUCCAUGGAGGCCAUGUCUUUUGUCACAGAGGACAGGAAGACUGCUCAGGAAUCCACCUUCCCCAACACACAUACCUUUGACCUAUUUGGUGGAGUUGAUGUAAGUCUGACAUUUAUGGUGUUGAUGGUCUCUGGUUACCUGGAGACGUUUAAGCUUGAUACCUAAGAAAAAUUAGUUGUCGUAUUGUACUGUUAAUACCGAUGCAGUUUUAGUUAUAAAAGGUCAAAACUCUAAAAACUCUUAUUUUCUGUUUCCUGAAGCUGCUGGUGGAGAUCUUGAUGAGACCCACAUUAACAAUGCAGAAGAAGAAACCAAAAAGUAAGUAGUACUUGCAUCUUUCUUUGAAUAUAGCACAUCAAAAUGUGUUUUUGUAUUUCAUUAAUUUCAUCUUCUUACAUUUAUCCCUACUUCUGUGCUUCUGUUACAGUGAAUGAUGACUUGGUCAAAGACUGCCUUAGUGUUCUCUACAACUGUUGUAUUUGUGUAAGUCUCCUACCAUAUCCCACGGAAAAAUCAGAAGCCCACCUUACAGUGUCUCAGUUUAAUUCAUUUAAGUAGCAAGACAUCUGUACAAAGCCAGAUACAAACAUUAAACUACCCUGCAAUCUUUGUCUUUUCAUUCAGACGGAAGGGGUCACAAAGAGCCUGGCAGCGAGGGAUGACUUUGUUCUCUUUCUCUUCACCUUGAUGACAAACAAAAAGACCUUCCUGCAGACUGCUACUCUGAUUGAAGAUAUUCUUGGAGUUAAAAAGGUUAGAAUUACAUUUCCAUUCAGUGCUCAGCAACUUGAACAGCAUUUGUGGCCUAGGCAACUCCUCUUAUGUCUUGUUUUUAAAUGAAUUUAUUAUCCCAAGUGUGAUGGAGAAAUUAGUCUUAUUUUGUUGCUUUGUUUUCAAUGUUGUGACUCAACAAACUCCAGAUGAUGUGCCACACAGAGCCUGCUUGCACCUCAGUGUCACAUGUGCUUUGCGUCUUAAUCAUGGUGUGCUCUGUUGAAAUGAGUCAGUGUCACCAUGACAAUACCACCCCAAUGUAGGAUUUUUAGAAGCAUGUCAGAUGCUCAAAAAUUCAGCGGAUAUGCCAAACCCUGGAAUCAUGAAAUAGGUUUACAGUUGUAACAUUAAACUCAACAACUUCUGGGUCCAGUGUGUUGUGAAGCAAGAGCAACAGGAAGUCAUAAUUUUCAAAACAAUGGCAACGGUCAUUUUUUACAGGGGCAGAUCAUCCAUUCGGUGUACUAUGAAGUUCAACACCUAGGACUUUGUCAUAUCAACGAGUGUGUGGAAAUUAUAUUUUGACAUUUUCAGUAUAGUAGAGUUGUUGCUAAAGACAUUACAAAAAAACAAUAUCUUUGAAACAGAGUCAUUUUAGUGGAUAAAAUACAGAAACACUGACGAAGUAUUGAGAUCAAACAGUGCAGGAUUGUUGAGUCGGUCUUUGUCUUGUUGGUACCCCAGCUGAUUGGUCGUAGUUGGCUAAAGAACCCAAAGUAUUUCAGGUUCUUUAUAUUCUGUGCAGCGAUUUAUUCACAGAUGGUUAAAUAAGUCAGUUGUCAAGCUGUCUCUUUUGUAAACUACCGUCUGACGUGGUCUUUAGAUGGGCGUCUAUUGAGCAACAACCAUAUUUUUGAAGUCAAACCCCCGCCAUGCAAGUAAAGGUAAUCAAUGUUCAGCAAUUGGAUCUGAUAGUUGAUUUCAGCCAUGCAGGCAGCCAUGUUCACUCAGCUUGUAGUGAUGAGUAAAUCACAAGCGCAGCAGUCUGCCCUACUAUGCCUGAUCACACCAUUUUUCGGGAUAAUGAGUGACAUAUUAGAUAAUCUCGUGCAUCAUUUAAACAGCAAUUAGAUAUAUUAUCUUAGGCAAUAUAUUUCACACACAGGGAUCCGCCAAACAAAGCUUUUCGAACCUCACUCUGAUCAAUAUGAGAGGUGGUGCUAGUCACGCACAGUUGUGUUGAACAUGAUGUCCAUCCGUCUGUUGUGAUGGCACUCAUUCAGCUUGAACAGGAGAUGAAGCAUAAAAAUAAUGCAGUUAAAGAGAAAAAAUGAUAAUAACAACAACAAGAAUCAAAAUUGUUCAGCAAUAAUUAAAAAAAGAGAGAAUAUCACGGGAAUAAAACAAGUAAAAGAAGCUGAAAUAAAAUGGUUAUAAUAAGGAGGGAAAAAGGAAUAGACUUUUACAUACAGACAAGUUUGUGAAAUUGAAUUUGAAGGAAAGGUUUUAGAGAUGUCAGUGACCUCUGCAUGCCAUGUUUCCUCUAGCAUGCUGUUCCAGAGUGGGCCCCUAAGGGAAAAAACACAAUCUGAAGAUUUUUGUCUAGCUCUGGAACGCUUUAAGUGGCCCAACCUGAAGAUCUAAUGCUUUAGGCGAGCUUCUACAUGUCAACGUUUCUGUCUAAAAGGGAAUUUGGAACCAGACCCAAGAGUGCUUAGAAAGCACUCUGUCAUAACUUAAAAUCUAUGACAAGAGAAAAUAAGAUGAUGUGAUAUGGUCUGUUCAACCCAGUAAAACACCUUUCUGCUAUAGUCAGGACAAGUUAGAGGUGUUUUUUUUUUAUGUAUAUAAGAGCAAGAAGAGAGUGACAGUAAUUGAGUCUUCAAAUUAGUGCAUGGGUUGUACUUUAAGUGUCUGAUUAACAGAUUAUGUGUUUUAUUUUGGCAGAGGUACGUAGGAGAAAUAUGACUGUACAACCUUAUUGACGUGAUCAUCCGUUACACUUUGUGUUAAUUACCUGUUUUAAUAUGACUCAUUAUUGCCUCUGUAAAUGAUUUCUUGGACAAUGUUAUCCUCCUUCUCAUCAUCAUCAUCAUCAUAUACUCACAUUCAUAUUGAUCUAAACUUUUUGUAUCGUAUAUAACAAUAACUGUAUUUUAAUUUUCAAAACAAGGGGCAUUCAAAUGUGUCUUUAUUUUCUUAUAGUCUUCAUCUGACUAUGGAGAACACUCCAAAUUUACGGGGUUUUUGAGUCCAUCAGAACUUCUUUCAGUUUGCCUCCUGAAUUUUUUACAAAUUUUAGGGAAAUCCCAUUUUAUGUCUGUUUGAUAGUUGGGUAAUUUCUCACGUAUUUGCAUCUUUCAGGAAAUGAUUCAGUUAGAGGGCAUCCCCAACCUGUCAGGACUGGUCCAAAGCUUCGACCAACAACAGCUAGCCAACUUCUGCCGUAUCCUGUCGGUCACAAUCUCAGAGCCUGAUGUAGGUAACGAUGACAAGCACACCCUGUUGGCUAAAAACGCCCAGCAGAAACGUAAUGCCAGCCCGUCACGUGCAGAAGUCAACCAGGGUAGGUCAUACGUUGGGUACAGCUGUCAAAAUAAGUGUAAUUGUGUUUGUUUGUUUAAAUUAAAACUCUGAACAUUAAAAGUGUUAAAUAUAACAUUUUUUUCCCCUCGAUAGUAACCCUUCUGAAUAUUCCUGGCUUCAUCGAGCGGCUGUGUAAGCUGGCCACCAGAAAGGUGUCGGAGGCAACAGGAGCUAACUUCCUGCAGGAGCUGGAGGACUGGUACACCUGGCUAGACAAUGCUCUGGUUCUGGACGCCCUCAUGCAGAUGGCAACAGAGGAGCCUGAACAAAGCAGUACUGGUGAGAUAAUAACCACCUAACCUGACUUAUUCAGAUUUUUGCAAACUGAAAAAUCAACUCUCAAGACUUUCAGUCACCCCUGAAGAUAGUGUAAUUUAUCUUGAAACCUCUGUAUGAUCAGAGUAUACAUAGUUGAGGGCAGCUGUGUAUCUGCAUGCCAGUGACAGUGGGUUACCAUAGUAACUGGGCACCCUGUGUUUGGCACGCUUAAAUUUUUUGAUAACUUUUUAUUUUGCUGCCAUUAAGUUUGAUGUAAAGAAAAGAAAAAAACAGAAAAUAUCCAUCAGCACUUUUGAAGGUUAAUGAAACUCUUUUAACAGCUGAAUAAGCUGUAAUGAUACAUGAUUACAAGUGCCACACCCUGCUGCUCUGCUGUCUGUAUAUAUUUUCCUGUUGUAUUGUCCUUCCUGACUUCAGCUGCAUUUUCCUAGCUUAUUAAAUCUUCUGAUCUUUGCUUGAUUUAGUUCUGUUCCUCUUUUCGUCAGAGUCGUCAGAUGAAAGUUCUCUCGCCACCAGCCCGCUGAGACACCGGCUGCCCCAGUCCAUGAAGAUUGUCCAUGAGAUCAUGUACAAAGUCGAAGUGCUGUAUGUGCUUUGUGUCCUUCUGAUGGGCCGACAGAGAAACCAGGUACUUACCAGUGCACACACUCCUACUCUUCUUCUGUUGACAGGCGAGAUGCAGUGGUUGUGGUGAGUAGAUUUAAAAUGUGCCUUUUACCGACCUCUUGAUUGUGUCUCUCUACAGGUCCACAAGAUGCUGGCAGAGUUCCGCCUCAUCCCGGGGCUCAACAACCUGUUUGACAAGCUGAUCUGGAGGAAAUACACCGCCUCAAACCAUGUGGUCCAUGGCCAGAAUGAGAACUGUGACUGUAGUCCAGUAUGUACUGAAAACCUGCAUAUGAACACUGCUUUGAGGCUGGGCGAUAAAACAAUAACGAAUUUUAGCGAAAAUUAAAUUCCCUCAAUAUCGAUAUAAAACAUGGUCAAUAUGCUUUUCGAUAGUCAGCAUUCUUCCAUGUUUUGGUAGACUAUAUGAUUAGCCAAUGAAAAGGGGAGUUGCUCCAGGUCCGUUUUACGCUGAACCAAUCAUGUGCUGAAUUAGAACCAAGAAGCAAACAAUUGCGUAGUAGCAGGCUGCAGCUAAAUGCAACCAUAGCAAUACCUCAAAUCUUUUUAACCACCUGAAGCAGCGCCAUGCAGCAGAGCACACACACUGCAGAAGGUUACAAACUCCCGAGUGGAGUAAGGAGCCCAUGGUGCCUGUGCAGCCGAAACAGCCGACCAUUCAGUCCUCAAAGACCUCACAGAUGCAGUAGUUUAUUGUAUUGCAAAAGACAUGCUACCAAUACCAGCACGGUUAAAUUUCAUUUGUUAUAUUGUGAUAUAUAUCGAUAUUGACUGAUAUGAAGAAAAUAUAUAGUGAUAAACUUUUCCCCAUAUGGUCCAGCCCUACUUUGGCAUGAUCAUUUCCACUUUUUAAGUCAAAGAUAAGCAGUCUCUUUUCUCUUUGUGCAGGAAAUAUCCUUUAAAAUCCAGUUUCUUAGGCUACUUCAGAGUUUCAGUGACCAUCACGAGUAAGUUACCGUGACUUCACUCACAUAUUUAGUCUGACUUUUUUUCUAGAAGUUGUUUUGUUUACACCUUUUCCCCUUGCUUUGUAGAAACAAAUACCUCCUGCUGAAUAGCCAGGAGCUGAAUGAACUGAGUGCCAUUUCCAUGAAGGCCAACAUCCCCGAGGUGGAAGCUCUGGUCAACACAGACAGAAGCCUGGUGUGUGACGGGAAGAAGGGCCUCCUCACACGCAUCCUCACUGUCAUGAAGAGAGAGCCUCCAGAUUCAUCCUUCAGGUAAGCAUCGCAGUCGGGAUGUGAAGCACUCACUGCCAUUUUUAAGUAGUUUUGUCUCUCUUGCUCUGCUGUUUAAAGCUUGGCUGAAGCUCUCCGUUGUGUUUGUAGAUUCUGGCAGGCGAGGGCAGUGGAAAGUUUCCUCCGUGGAGCCACCUCCUAUGCAGACCAAAUGUUCCUCCUGAAGAGAGGACUACUAGAGGUAAAGCUACAAUCCAAGACUGUUACUCUCAUUAUCCACUGAGCGUUGUAAAUAAUUUAUUCACAUUGCACAGAUCCGUCAUAUUUUGACAUGUACGGGUUGCUUCUGUCUCUCCAAAGCACAUCCUGUUCUGCAUCAUAGACAGCGGCUGCACUUCACGGGAUGUCCUGCAGAGCUACUUCGAUCUGCUCGGGGAGCUCAUGAAGUUUAAUAUUGAUGCCUUCAAAAGAUUUAACAAAUACGUCAACACUCCAGAGAAGGUAGAAUUAAUGUACAGCUCUAAUACAACGCUUUAAUAUAUUUUCUGCUUCUGUGGGAAAAGUCAUAAAUGAGUGAAAUGAUGUUUCCUUUGUCUUCAGUUUCAGACGUUCCUGACACAGAUUAACAGUUCUCUGGUGGACUCCAACAUGUUGGUACGCUGCAUUGUCCUUUCAUUGGACCGCUUUGAGAGUCAGACCGAAGAUGUGAAAGGUAAACAAAGGACUGCCUUUAAUAAACGCAGUCUGCUUUGCUACAGGAAAUUCCAAAGAAGAAGUUGGCAGUAUCAUUUCUUGAUUCAGUGAAAUGAAAAGUACUUUCAAAAUCGCACAUAGAUGGAAGUUCUCAUCCUGUUAGGUGCUGACUGUGGACUGGUGUGUAUUUUUUUCCCCAGUGGUGGAGGUACUCUCUGAGUGCUGCCUGCUGUCCUACAUGGCUCGAGUUGAGAACAGGCUGUCUUUCCUAUUUCGACUGAUCAACAUCAUCAACGUCCAAACCCUCACACAGGUCUCCCUUAGUUUUUUAAUGUGUCCGAUUUAUUCGCAGAAAAUCAGUCAGUCCGUUUACAUGACACUUGAGAAAACCGAAUUAUUUCCUUACUCCGAUUAACACUGGACAACUGAAGUGCAUGUAAACACCUUAGUCCAACUAUAAUCAGAGUUUGAGAACUCUGAUUGAGACACCCAGAUAAUGCGAUUGGAAUUCGAUUUUCUCUACCAUGUAACCAGCGUAGUAGGAGUAUGAUAGGACAAUGCAUGUGUGCGUGGGCCACGCCCCCCUAACCCCCGAACAAAAACACCAGAGAAGAGGAGUAGCGCGAACCUCAUCUGCAGAAAAAGGAGCGCGUACAUCAUGUACGACAAAAACAACGCUGUACGAUGCUCCAUCUCCUUGCUCGAAAAUGUCCUAGCAGCAGUUUUUGCCACUUCUGACGUCUGGCAUGGACCUGCUGUUUUUGCCGUUGGUUCAACUGGAAACGGCACCGCUGAAAAGACCCAUGUCGACCCCUAGUUUUGGGUAGGAGGACACGGUCACGUCAAUAAUUCGAUUUUCUCAGCUGCAUGUAUACGCAGACAAAGGGAGAAGUCUGAUUUGGCAAAGAAACCAAAUGAUGAGCUUAGUCUGAUUGAGCUGUUCAUGUAAACGCACUGACUGUUCCAGUUCUGUAAACCAUGAUUAUUCAAAUGUAUACUUGAGGUACUGUGAAUUUCAUCAAUGAAGCCUUUGUUUCCCUCUACAUUUAUCUUGUCUCAUUUUUUUGCUUCAGGAGAAUGUGAGCUGUUUAAACACCAGUUUGGUGAUCUUGAUGCUGGCCAGGAGAAAAGCAAAAUUGCCCUUCUACCUCAACGCCCUGCGGGAGAAGGAGUAUGCCGAAAAGUACCCCGGCUGCCUGCUCAACAACUUCCACAAUCUGCUGCGCUUCUGGCAGCGCCACUACCUCAACAAGGACAAAGACAGCACCUGUCUAGAGAAUGUGAGUAGCUCUUUCCAAACACAGGUGAAACACAACUUGAAACAAUAUCGUCAUCAGUCUUGACAAGCUGCACCAUGCAGACAGCAUGUCAGCAGCACAAUAUUACCGAGCGUUUGAGUGAGCAUGGUUAUAAAAAAAAAAAGAGGAAACAUUUGGGGACUUUGCGUGUUGCCUCACACAUAAAAAAAAGAGCAAAAUCAAAAGUGAAAGACCAUCGAAAGAAUCUGCAUGCAGAGAUAAUCACAACAGAACACCAGUGUCCAUGUGUUUAUGAUUUAGUGAAAAAAGUACAUCAACAUUUACAAAGGGCUUCAAAGACAGAUACAGGACAUGCAAGCCCAGCUUUGUUCAACAUCAGAAGUACUGAUAAAUGUUGUGAAUGGGUCACCGACUGUGUAGGAACUAUAGCAGCUUCUCUCACACAUUGCCUCUUACUUCAGUUCAGCUUUUUGUGCUCAUUGUUUCUGUUUCACACUUUCCAAUUUUAAUCAGCAUUGUUUCCAUCAACAACAGCAAGAAAAGCUCAGAUAAAUCCCAUAAGUAGUACUUGAUGAAGCACCAGAUAAAGCUGGUAACUUGCUGUAGUUCAAGAGAGCAUUUAGCGGCUCUACAGUGUGGUAUUAUUUCAGCAAGGUAGGAAACACACCAAAGUUAGCUGUCGUCAAGAACUACUGGUCAGGUGAACCUCAAUAUCAGUCUGCAUUUGCUGAAUGUCUGCAGGUAACUUGUUAGAGGGAUGUACAUGUUGAACUUUUUGCUGUUCUGCUGCCAUCAUGUGGUGGAAAAAAUGCCUGCUUCUUUUUAAAAAAGAUUUCAUAAAUGUGAUGAAUGUAUAUGUAUCUUUUUUUAACCUGUCUACUACAUUAGGGUUAGUAGUUUCAUAGUGUUCUGCCAGAACAUGAAAACCAUUGAUCAUUUGUAUAAUAUAUGAUAGAAUUUGGGGGUCUGUGUAUUUGGUAGGGUAUGAGUAUACAUGUCCGAGUAGGUGCUGGGUUGAUCUCUCUUUAGUCCAUGUAUACAGAAGGCUCUAAAUCCUCACUGGUUUCCCUUUUCAGAGCUCCUGUAUUCCCUUCAGCUACUGGAAGGAGACGGUAUCUGUGCUGCUGGGUUUAGACAGGACUUCUCUGUGUGCCAUAGCGAGCUACAUUGAUGAGCCCUUCAUGGACCUGGACAGAGACCUUUUGGAGGAUUGACCUCCAGUGUGUAAACUCGGGGUGGGGCAGGGCAGAGGGUCACUGAGAGCAAAGACACCUCCCGCUGGCGAAGACUCCUCUGAGCCGAGCCGUUCAGGCACUCUGUGACUGUGCUCUGGAUGUACGGACUCACACAAUUGGUGUCGGUACCUUCGCAUGGAGGCUGUCGUCAUGGCUUUGUGGGGAUAUGAUUUACACUAAAUUACUGGGCUGUUUUUCUGAGGAGGAGGAGGAGGGGAAACCUUCAUGCCCACUCUAGGUCACCCACAUCGAUUAACAGACAAUUAAGUGACUUAGUGAAAUGACACCUGCAUUGGUUGUUUGUUGUAGGUGAACUUCAGAUAGAGCCUUUUAUAUAACCUAUACAAAGUUCUAUGGAAAAAAAAAAAAGUAUGAUUCAUUAAAUUCUAUGUUAGAUAAAGAAAAAUAUCCGUUUUACGCGGUUGGCCACAGAGUAAACUGUCAGCCUGAUGCAAUGCAUUGAUGCAUCACAAGGCUGCCAGGAGUCACCAGCCUCAACCACCCACUACCUACACGCACCAGGCUGACUUUGUGCCAAUUCACCAACUUUACCGGCAGGGUGGCGAACUGGUGAAUUUGGAGUUUUUACAGGCGUACUCGUGAACAGCAGUUUCAUUUAACCUUUCUGUGGGUCUACUAUGAUUGGUGCUUUCUGGCUCUUCUUCGGCACAUCGAGAUAGCUUGUGGGCCGGAUGACACGUUUCACAAAUCACACAGGGCUCCUCAUCUGAAACCAUCCCCCUCUGUUGUGGUGUCUGAAGGUUCACCUGGGGCUCAUCUCUUUACCAGGUUAUUUUUGUUGAUUUACUUUUAUCCUGUUUGAAAUAUGGCUUUUAGCUUUGAAAACAAAACAAAAAAACAACUGUAGAAUAAAGGAUGCACAGGUAAACUUGUUUUUGUUUAUAUAUUUUAACACAUUUGUUGAUUAAAAAGGUCUUCAUUUUGUAACAUGAUUUGUAUUGAUGUGAGAGAUGCUUUAGAAAAAGAAUAAACUAUGCAGGCACUAGUGUUAAGUUACCACUUUCAUUGCUCCAGUCCUCACAAAGUUCGUGUGUAACCUUCUGCCCAACAGCAUCGCCUUUGAGGGUUUUACGACUUUCUCUGGUUUCUGCUAUUUCUCAAAAAUCUUUGCUACAAGUUAAGAAUGACAAUCGCUCUGUGUAAUGGCUCUUCUUUGCAUGGCACCACUUGAGCUGUCGUCGAAACAAAGACAAAAGCGGUGGGCGAGGCUAUGUUGUUGUGACUGUCCAUGGCCUGAAUGUGCAGCUGUUUUGGUUGAAAUUGAAAAAAUGCAGACAUGAAUAGAAUUUUUGGUGUCUCAAAUUAAACAGACCCAACCUGAGAUAAGUACAAAUGGUUGAGCUACCUCAUGUUUUAUCCUGACAGCAUAAAGAUCAAACCACUUCUGAUGAUGUGUACAGUUUUACUCCCAGCAUGUCAUGGUUCAUAGUACAUGUUCAUGUGAAUGUAUAAAGACAUUUCUACAGCUGGCCCCUGAUGCCAUGAGUUCUUAGUGCUAUGCCGCCUUGGGAUGCAAACACAAACGUCCUUUACACUUUGAAAGCCUUUUAUUUGCUUUAAAGCUAACCAACCAGAAAUGCUUUUCUUUCUAGCUUUCAUUCAGCAUGUCUUAAAUCUCUUGGUAGGUGUGCACAUAUUUGAAUAAGUUCAUCUUUUUUGCUUUGCAAUGAAUAUAAUGCAAUUACACUUUACAAGUGCUUCUCUAACAAACUCCCAGUUUCUGCUGCCUGAGGUAACUGCAAUGAUUUCUUGAUGACAUGAUAAUAAUGAUGAUGUAAUCUAGCACUGGGUAUUUCUGCAGUGGUGUCAUAUUAUUAAACUGAUCAGGUGUUACCUUCUUUCCAAAUCCCUAUUAUCACUCUUGUCACCCAUCAUGACAGUUAAUCACGCUAUCGGUAUAGAAACAUGAAUGUUGUGAGCACUCCUCUGGGGCGACUGUAUUAACUAUCUCUGAUACCUGUAGCUUUGUAAUCUGAAUGAGAGAGUGGCCACUUUUGUAUGAUGCACAAGAGGAUUUGUUCUGCUGUAUGUGGUGUGAUGCUCCUAGUAGGCCUUAGAUUUCAUUCAUUUUUUAUGUAAAGAAAAUGGUGAAAUGUUAUGCCCUCUGGCCAAGAACAUGCUGCAUUGUGUUAAAUAUAACACUAUUUGGUUUUUUUUAUUUUAGAGUUUGGAUCCCUGAUAUUUUGACUUUUCUCUGUUUUUGGCAUGGAGAUAUCAGUUUUGCAGUCAUUGAUCACAAAUGUUAAAAACUAAGACUGUAUGGUGCUUCUUUGGUCAAACAUGUAGGUCCCCCCCUUCACCAGUAGCGUUUCUUAAAAAGAACAACCUUAUGGGAUACAGAGGGUGGCUUCAACAUAUAGUGUAAAAUCAUGAUAAUUCCUCUUAGAAAACAGUUACCCUUUUUUCUUCAUUAAUCUUUGCAAUCCCUAAAAUCUCACAGUGGUUGUAUUUGAACAUUCACUUCUGCACCCUUUAGUCUUAAUAACCUUCUAGCCGGGUAUAACUCUCAUUAACUACCUGAUACAUCUUUCAGUUUCACAUUCUAUUCUCUCUACUUCUGUAAUCAACUUUCACCCUUUUGUUCUUCUCUAAUGCUGGUAUUGAACUUCAUUUUCCUUAUUUAAAAGCUGUUUGUCAAACAAGUAAUAUAAUAAAUUCUGCUUUAGACCUUC